AGUUAUACAGUCGCAAAGUUUACUAACUGACUACAAAGAAUGUUUGCUUGUUAUUUAGCCGAAAUAUGACACUGAGAGAUGUUCAGCAUCUUCUAGUUCAGGCGUCAGAGCCAGUAGGAAAACCAGGAAACAACAAUUUCACAUUAAAUGGUGCUGGGAGAUACUUCCACAGCGUAUUUGGAUAUGGGUUGCUCAACGCCGGAAGACUUGUGACACUUGCAGAAAACAGGCAACCAGUUGCUCCUUUAUUAACAGAAGAAGAAAAGCCAAUUGAUAUUCGAUACCCAACUCCUUUUACACAGGAAGUGGACUUUUGUUAUAGCUGUGUAGUAAACAACAGCUCGAAAUGCGUCAGUAAGCUGGAGCAUGUCACAAUAAACAUUAGCUUCCAAACUGCAUGCGGAAAACUCCAGAUUGUGUUGGCAUCACCAGAUGGCACAGAAUCAGUAUUAGUAGAUUUACCCAAUGUUUCAGAAAAUAGCCGUUAUACGAUUCAUCUGAUGUCUGUACAGUUUUGGGAUGAGGUGGCUUUUGGGACAUAUAUGUUGAAAAUAAUUGGUGGAUCAAAUAAAUGUGGUCGGACAAAAGUUUUGUCGGUUUCAUUAAUUCUGUAUGGAACAAACGAUCACAAAGCCAAAGAAAGACAAUGUCGUGUUGCCAAAAAACAUGCGAGUAAUGACAAACGAGUCCACAGUGAUACAGAAUAUGCAUUAAUUUUUUUAGGAGGAGGAGCAGUUGUUCUUACAGCUUUAAUGGUUUAUGCAUAUAGGAUUAAUGCUUCACGAAUUUUCAUAAUCAAAUACUGGACAAGACUGCAACGUUUUGCAUGCAAGCGUCUACCUCCAUCAGACAAAUACGAACUACAUCCAUUUCGAAAUAACAUUGGAUGCUCCGACCUAGUGGGAACACGCUUGAUAGACAGUCCAGAGGUCCAGGGUUCUAAUCCCGGUCCAAGCACUUAACGUUUAUGGAGCACGUUAAAGAACCAGGCUGCCUUUUUACAAAAACCAAAGCUAAGUAAGCUGGACAUGCCUGUAUCUAAACUUUCCCUCUCACUAUCGUUUGGAAGAUGUGUCCCUCUGUGUAGCUUGUUAUGCACUGGUAGAGGAUGAGUAGGCACCCUUGAGUGGUUACCUUUGUAUAUGUUCAUGUAGAUCUGACUGUAAAGUAAUCUUGAACGUGUUUAUAGUGAAAUGUGCCAUGUAAAUAUUUAGUAUAUAAUAUAUGGCAAGAUGUCACAAUAGAAAAAUAGAUAGAUACACAGUCAACAUUGUCCGAAUCUUUAAGUCACAGAAAUAACUGAAAUUUUAUAUUUUGACUUUUGAAAAAUAAAUUAUAUCAUAAGAUCGUUUGGAAGCAUACACCCAAGCAAAAAUA